AUGAAGAACCUUUUGUACUCAGUUGCUCUCUGCCUUUCUGUCCUCUUUGUUCUUGCUCAUAUUAAUGAAGCAGUCAUUCCCUGUGGCACUGUAGACAUGAAGGCCGCAGCCUGCAUCUCCUUUGCCACAGGGAAGGAUGCAAAGCCGUCGGCGCCGUGUUGCAAUGGGCUGCAACAGUUGGCACAAAAUGUGAAGUCUGUGGAUGAUAAGAAGGCUAUUUGCAGAUGCCUCAAGGCUGGUGUCAAGAACUUUGUUGGUGUUCAAGAUAGAUUCCUUAGCCAACUCCCCACUGCUUGCAAGAUUAAAGUUGGCUUCCCUGUCUCCAUGAACACCAACUGUGAAACGUGA